AUGAGUAAACCGAAGAGCACACUAAGAACCACGCGACAAACAUCGAAAGGAGCUCUUUUCACGAUAUGCGAGUAUUCUGGCGUCUCUGUUGCGUAUAGUAAUAACGCACGUACCUCAUUGAAGCGGACUCGAAUUGAUUAUUCGCCGGAACCGAGACCAGUAAAACAGAAGCCAGCACGCAGGAAUAGUAAUGGUGCAGCCAAACAGCCUGCGAGGAAGCCAGCGACAAGAGUUCCGUCUGUUCGGACUUCUCCUUCGGUGUACCAAAAUUCUCAGAAGCCAAAACCAGGAUUGGUGAAUAGCUCUGAACCGAAAGCCAAUCGUAUUCAUGACAACAAUGUGCCACCACCUGUGUUUUUCACUCCGCCAUCACUUUUCGACGAUUCCGUCACUGACGUAGAUAUGGAUGGGUUCAACAUAGCUGCAGAUUUCGAUGAAGCUGUUUUCGAUGCUCUUGAUGAUGAACUCGACAAGGAAGAAACAGAAGAAGAUCUGGAAACUGCUAUGGUGAUUCGUGGAAUGUACUCAACGGAAGAGUCUCAUCCGGUGUUAGUCUUCGGAAAGAUUGCCAUCGAAUACGAUAACUUCGACUUCACACGCGUGAUUGAAGAGAUCACUAGUCUGACAUGUUUCAAUAAGAAGCACGAAGAUUCGCUGAUUCCACUUCUGAAACUCGUCGAUCGCGAUGUGACGAAAAAGCUAAAUACAGUAACCAUCAAAAACUUCUACAAAAACGAAAUCAUUCCGGCUUUCGAGAACAUGAAAUUGUUCAGAAAUGACCCAAAGCGCUUUCUCGAUAAGAACAAAGGGCAGUUCGAGCGAUAUGUCGACGGAGAUUGUAUUGUGGAAGUGCCACUGCCGCCAUGGCCACAGAUUUUCCCGUAUCAGAUGAGAAAUAUAUUCAAGGCAGAGCUUGCAGAGAAACUCGAACGAGAAAGUGAACAACGUUUUCAAGAAGAAGAUAAACUACGAGCUGAAAUCGAACGUUUGCGACAACAACGAGAAAGACGUGAUAUGGAGCAGCAGUUCGCUCGAAAUCAGCAGAUGUUCCACGCCUUCAUGGUCUCCGAAACGAACAACAACUUCCACAACCCUUUCAACGCCAUGUUCAAUCUUCAACCAAUGUACCCUCCAAAUUAUUACGGUCAUAUGCCCCAUUACCCGUAA